UUUAAGAAGUCAACUCUUAUCUAUAGUUUGUAAUCGAGUUCUUUGAACUGGUUUCCCGCGUCAGAAGUAGUUUAUAAAUAGUGUAAUCUGUAUUCGGUUAAUUAAUUCGUACAAGUUUUGGUUUUUUUGAGUAACUAAGUAAACAGGGCUAAAAUAAAAGUAAAAAAGGCCUAUUUUUUGUUGACCACUCAUUUUAUAGUUUACAGAAUGAGUGAGAAAAUGCAGUAUAAACCGGGAGACUUGGUAUUCGCAAAAGUGAGAGGCUAUCCACCUUGGCCAGCAAGGGUUGAAGAAAAACCUCCCCCAGGAAAGAAGGUACCUCCCAAAAAAUUUCCAGUCCUGUUUUUUGGAACCUAUGAAACAGCUAAUCUUGGUACUAAAGAUCUGUAUCCCUAUCACAAGUUUAAAGAAAAAUAUGGAAAUCCUCAAAAGAGAAAGUUUUUUAAUGAAGGACUUUGGGAAAUUGAAAACAAUCCUGCUAUUAUACCUCCUUCACAGAUGCCAAUAGAACCUGAUAAUAAUGAUUUGGAAAUGAGUACAAAUCUGGAAGAGCCAUCUGGUGAAAAUGAGGACUUCGAUACAGAAGAUGAGCAGAACAAAAGUAUGUCUUUACCCUCUAAUAAGAAAAGAAAGUCAGAAUAUAAAGAUGAAGAGACCAAAAACUCCAAAAGUGGUGUGGAGGGAGAUCAGUUGUCUGAUACCACCCACAAGGUAGCUAGAAGGAAAUAUAAAGAAAAAGAUGAUAAAAGAAGGGAUGCCUUUGAGACAGCAGUAGCAGAACAAAGCUCAGGCAAAAAGAAAACUAAGAGGAAAAUGGUUGGUUCUGAGAGUGAGACAGACACAGAGAAAGACUCAGUAGAACAGAACAUGCCAGCUCUAACUGUUAAAAUUACUUCUGUUGAAAAGUCCGUAGCAGAGCAAGAAAACAAUGCCAAGGAAGAAGGAAGAACAGAGAAUUAUAAAAGAAAGACUGUGUUUGAAGCUACGAAUUCUACACAACCAGAAGAAAAAAGUAAGGUCCUUGAUCAAAGAAGAAAAAAGGAUGAAGAAAGUUGGGCCAAACACAUGAAUGAGAAUGAUGAAAAACAGAGCCACAAGGAAGAACAAAAUGAAGAUGCUUUAAGUACAAAUAAAACUGUAUCAAAACAAGAUGAUAGGACUCACAAGAAAAAAAUAAGUAAAAAGUGUUCAAAGCUUUAUGAAAUUGAUGACGCCAUCAAAUUCAGCUUAAGUUACACAAAUUUAAAUAUAGAAGGAUGUUUGAGAGCCAUGAAUGAACUCAAGAAUCUUCCACUAUCCCAAACCAUCUUGGCCAAAGAACCAGAUAUUGUUCAGACAGUCAGGAAAUGUUGCAAGUUCAAAAACAGUGUUGCAGUCCAAGAAAAAGCUCAACAAAUUUACCAAAAGAUUAAAGAAUAUUUCUCAGUUGAAGAAGGAGAACACUUCAACUUGGUGUUUGAGAGUGAAGUAAAAAAACAUCAAGCAUGGACAGAAAGUGAGAAUUCUACAAUGUUGAAUUCUUCUAGAACAGAGAUGCAAAGAAGACUUAAAAGUGCAGUCCGGCAAUCAUCUGAUGUUCAUGCAGAAAAUGAUGAGCCAGGAACAAGUGACAAAGAAAGCAUCAUAGCUAAUGAAGAAGAUAAAAAGAUAACAUUUUGAAAUAUGUUCAUGAAGACAAGACACCAUGACUACAACUUGAUCAUUGUUUUUAAAACGUUUUAAACAAUUCAAUUUUGCAAAUGUGAUAAAGAAAGUUUCUGAACUAACAUUUAAUUCUUUGCAACUAUUACUAUAAUUCUGAGCAAAAUCUUUCACUGUAUUUUUUGUUACUUAAUUUCAGUAAUUUUAUCACAUUAAAAUGCAUAAUAGUGGUUAAAGACUUUGUUUUAGUUGUAAUCUGAAUUGAACUUGAACAGUUGAUAAAAGAAUAUGUGUUAUGAGUCUUUAAACACAAACACAAAUUUAUAGUUUUAAUAAAAAUUACUAAAAUAUUUAGUUUAACUACAAUGUUAAGUUUACAUCAUAGUACGUGGAAUUUUCUGUGAAAUAUAAGAGGGUCAAAUUCCCCUCCUGCAUGAGCCCAUGUACUUAUUUGGAAUUUAUUUGUAUUUUUCUUGAGUAUUUAGUGAAAAGCUCAUUGCUACAACCAAUAAUUUAAAAGUAUCUUGAAAUAUUUUAAGAAUAAUGUGUCAGUAAAAAAAUGCUGUCUGAUAACAUACAAGUUGUGUAUUAAAACUAAUGUAUAAAUCAUAGAUAAUGUUAUUUAUUGUUAUUUAACAUGCACAUUUUAAGUAUCACUGUUUAACAAAUUUUCCUAUAAGCAUAUUUCUGGAAUAACCUAGUCCAUGGUAUGAAACAAAUGUAAAGUAUCUGAUGUGUUUAGUUAUAAUAAGAAAAAUAAUAUCAUUGACUUUCCAUUUUCACUGUGCUUGUUACAACUGAGAUUUUGGGAGUUCUUUUUGUUUAAUUGCAUAAAGUGUUAUUUGUUUUAUUAUCUAAUAAAAUAAUAUUGUAGUAUUUUGUUUGGUAUUUAGUUAUUGGAUUUGAAACUUAACUGAUUUCUCCAUCCAUUCUUGAGCAUGCAUGUAGGCAUUAAAAAUAUUUUUCAGUAUUAAUUUGUCUUUUUUUGAUUACCUGGAAGUAGGAUAAAAAAAAUCUCAGUGUGGAAAAUAACAACAGUGUUGAAAUUAUGACUGUAGAAUGCAUCAAAGAACUAGAGCUAAUCUUAAAACUGGCUAAACUUAUGAGACUUGAAAUUAUAAUUAUUGGUAAAGGACAUAGAACCUGUUUAAAUUGUAAAACUUAAACUCCAGAUGUUUUCUUGAUCAUUGUCUCCAAAAAGUUUUAAAUAAAUAAAUUUUACAAAUGUGAAAGAAGCAAGUUUUUAAAAUAAUAGAUGUUUUUCUGAAGAAUUGUAAACUUGUUUUGUUGUUAACUGUCAGAAAUUACAUGUCUUGAAUUGUAUAUCAUUUGCAUAUUAUUAGCUUAUGUUAGCCUUUAUAAUAAAUA